CGCUUCCUAGCAAUUUCUGUGCUUUAACAAAUUGGAUCCAUAGACAAGAUUGAUGGGGGCAUGUCACCUCUCUUUCUAAAAGGUUAGAACCCAUCACUCAAAGUCUCUCUAACUUUUUUAAAUCUCUCUGCCCUGCCCCAAGCCAUGUCCAAACUAGGACGAAAAUUAACACUACCAUCACCGCCACAUCUCCUCCUCUCCCUCCUUCUCCUCCUCUCCAUAAUUAUAAUCAAUGCCACCGCCACGGCUACCGUCAAUACUGAAAGAUUCAGAGAAGCCCCACAGUUCUACAACUCCCCAACAUGUCCAUCGAUCUCCACCAAAGACAUGUGCUCUCAGCAAGCAGUGCACGUGGCUAUGACUCUGGAUUUCCCUUACCUCCGCGGCACCAUGGCCGCUAUUCUUUCCAUCCUCCAACACUCCUCCUGCCCGGAAAAUACUCGUUUCCACUUCAUUUCCUCUCCUUCCUCCACCUACCUCCACGAAACUAUCACCUCCUCCUUCCCUUACCUCCGUUCCCAAAUCCACCCUUUCGACACCAACUCUGUCUCCGGCCUCAUCUCCACCUCCAUCCGCUCAGCCCUCGACUCUCCUCUUAACUAUGCUCGCAAUUAUCUCGCCAACAUCCUUCCUCCUUGCGUCCGGAAAGCUGUCUAUUUAGACUCCGAUUUAGUCCUAGUCGACGACAUUGCAAUGCUAGCAGCUACUCCACUUGGUACCGGAACUGUGUUAGCAGCACCGGAAUAUUGUAAUGCUAACAUUACCGCAUACUUUACGCCUACAUUUUGGGCAAACCCUUCGCUCUCCUUGACAUUUUCCGGACGCAAUGCCUGUUAUUUUAACACAGGAGUGAUGAUUAUUGAUUUAGAAAGAUGGAGAGAAGGAGAUUACACAACAAAAAUAGUUGAAUGGAUGGAGCUUCAAAAGAGGAUGAGGAUUUAUGAAUUGGGCUCAUUGCCUCCAUUCUUGUUGGUUUUUGCUGGGAAUAUUGCUGCUGUGGAUCAUAAAUGGAAUCAACAUGGCCUUGGAGGGGAUAAUUUUAGAGGUCUUUGUAGGGAUUUGCAUCCUGGUCCAGUUAGUCUUCUGCAUUGGAGUGGUAAAGGGAAGCCUUGGGUUCGCUUAGAUGAAAACCGGCCAUGCCCUUUGGAUGCAUUAUGGGCUCCUUAUGAUCUUAUGCAGACACCUUUUGCUAUUGACUUUUAGAGUUUAGGUCUUAGUUUAAAUUUUCCAAUGCUGAAAAUAGAUCGGCGGAAGAGGGAAGGUGUUCAUAGAUUAAUAAGUCCAUUAACAGGCCUUACAGUACUUUCUUCUUCUUCUUCUGGGUUUUGCUUUGUACUGGGUACAUAGUAAGAGCUAGUAGUGCAGUAAAGUAAAGAGGGAAUUACAGAGAAAGAUAUAUUAAUUUACCUUUUAUA